GAAAAUUUCCAAAAAAUAUCCAUGAAAAACCUUGCACUUUCCAUAAAAAAAGAAAAAGAAAAAGAAAAACAAGGUACAAACAUUUACAAUACAAAUCACCACUAGUAUAAAGCAAAGGUACCACUUCUCACAGCAUAACAAACGGAGUUUUUAAACCGUCUAAAAUAACACCACUUGUUGUACUUCUUUUCUCUCUCCUGCAACUCGGAAGAGGAAGAAGAAUCAGAACCCUUUUUCUCUUUCUUCUCUAUCUCUAUAUACAAAAUUACAGACACAUAUCCCUCUAUCUCUCUCUCUCUCUCUUCUCUGGAGUCCUGGCGAUCAAAAGAGGAAUCACUAGAUCUUAUCCUUAUUAGAGUAACGGAGCUGGAAUUUUAUCGCCGGGAGCCAUAGUUGCUAUAAAGUUUAGUUGUUCUACGUGGUGUGUAUGAGUGAACAUGGGGUCUGCUUGUUGUGUUGCUGCUAGAGACAAAACUAUAACAAACGGACCAAGCAAUGAUUUUUUGCACAGGAAUGAUCGCCGUUCACCAUCAUGGAGCUUUCGGUGGGAUAACCGGGGGCGGGUGGCUGGGGAAGAGACUUCUGUGAACUGGUUUUUCGAUGGUAUGAGUGGACGUGAUGGAUUGGACAUUAAAUCUGGAACCACAGUAGAAACUUCAUUUCCAUCAGAAGAGGGAAGCCCAUUGGACAGUUUCCGAACACUUGCAUGGCCGAAGUCCCCAAAUUCUGAAGGCAGUGCUGGGAUUAUCAGGCUUCCUUCUUCAGGCCAAUUAAUCUCCGGAAAUUUUUCUGCAGAGGUAAAAGAACCAACAGAGUUUCCAUCAGUUUCAGACCAGUCUCCCUCAAAGCUGUCACCUUCGGUGCAUUCAGUUUCAUCCUUCUCUGCAUCCCCUUUGUCGUCCCAAAAUCACCCACUUCCUCCAAGCUUAACUCCAUCGAGGUGGCCUCGUGUUUCUCAUGGGCACCAGCUAUUACGGCAAGUAUCUGAUAGCCGAACCCCAGGACUUAAAUCACCAAAUUUCUCGAUUUCUGAAGAAGCGUCUUCCUUUGUUCUUCCUGGUUGGAGCAAUGAAUCAACUAGGGGUUCCCAUGGUGGGUCUUCAGAUGGUUGGUUUAUGCCCCCCUUCUCUGAGCUUAUGGGAACUUCUCAUAGGGAGAGGUGGUCUUUUGAUAGCGAGUACUUGGGCGUCAAUCGUGACAAAAUAACCAGAUCCAGUAGCCGAAUUUUAUCCUCUCCCUCUAUUGAUAUACAAUCAUGUGGGGUUUGCUCAAAGCUUUUAACUGAGAAAUCUUCAUGGAGCAGUCAAAAACUUAUUGCUAAUAAUGACCUUACUGCGGUUGCUGUCCUAAUUUGUGGGCAUGUCUAUCAUGCCGAGUGCUUAGAGAAUAUGACACUUGAAAUCAACAAGUAUGACCCAGCUUGCCCCAUUUGUACUUUUGGGGAGAAACAGGCCUUGAAGUUGUCUGAAAAGGCACUAAGAGCAGAAAGGGAUUUGAAGGCUAGAAAUAACAAAAGAUCAAGGAGCCGAAUCAUGGAUAGCGAUCUUGAUGGUGAUUCUGUUGUGUUUGAUCGCAUCAAAAGCAGUGGACACGAGGGAAAAGGUCUCAAGAUGAGCUCAACUUCCAGCCUGAAGAGUUCCUCAGGGAAGAACUUCUUGAGGAGGCAUUUCUCAUUUGGUGGGUCAAAGGGGACUAGAUCCUUGUUGGAGAAUCACGGUACUCAGAAGAAGGUUUUUUUCUGGUCAAAAUCUAGCAGAGAGUGAUAUUCUGUCUGGCUCUUUAAAGAUUCCAUGGUUGAUCUUUCAGUGGAAUCUGGCUUGGCGACUGAACAGUGCUGGAAGCAGUAAUCCAUCAGGAUUUGUAAAGAAACAUCGGCGGCCUUCAGUCAUUUCAAGCAAGAAUAGGUUUAGCUUCUGAAGUUACACAUUAAAGAAGGAAAUAUUACACACGGGAAAGAUCAAUUCAUUAUGUAUAGUGAUUAAAAAAAAAAAAAAAUUAGUAGUAGUAGAAUGGAAUUGAAUCAUGAGUAGUUAUUCCUGUUAUUAUUUUGUACAUUUUAAUUUGUUCUUUUCAUGGAUGCGUUCAUGAAGAUAUUCUCAAAAGAAUUCUGUUUGACCA